AUGAGUUCAUUAACGAAACAAUUUUCAUCGACCUUUGAUCCUAAUAAUGAUGAUCACCCUAUCGUAAAAAUUACGUUACACGAUUUAUGUCCUAUCGGAAGCUUUAAUGAUCUAGCUGGAUAUUCCAAUGUAAUUCCCGAGUUUUACAACAAGAUGAGAAAUGUAAAACGAAAAAUUGCCUUCUCCUUGAAUUUUGAUCAUGUUGCAUCCAUUUCCGUUCCAGACGUGAUUGAAGUACGAAUAUCCCAUAACUGUAAUUGUAUUGUAACUUUAAGCACUGAUUCGGGUUACAAAUUUUAUUGCCUUGAUUUGAACACUCACAAACAAGUGGCCAUCUUUGGUGCAAUUGGAAAGCCUUCUUAUUUUCAUGUCGAAGAAAACUAUGAUGGCAAUCAUAAUGAUGCUUUGAUUUAUGGAACCUCUGACGGUGUUUUAAAAUUUGAUUUAAAACAGUUAAUACGAAAUAAUGAAAGCAAUACUAAUUAUAUUUGGAAACAAUCAGGAUUAACUAGUUCUCGUGGAAUUGUCAGCUCUCAUGCUUGUAAUGAAGCAAACAUCAUCUAUGUAUGUAAUACAGAAACUAACAACGUUGUUGCCCUCAGCUCGAAAACAGGAGAAAUAUUGUACACCUUGGACGACGACGAAUCCAACGCUGAAUUGGAAAAUAUGCAUUCUAUUGAAAUUACUGACACCAAUAACACAUUAUUUGUUUCUCAAUAUAGAAAAGGUAUUCUCAAACUGUACCGAUCGUCAUUAGUACCAUGUAUAUGGAAAAAAGGGUUACUAUAUGGAGGAGAUGACAUAAAAACUCCUGAUGGAUUAGUAUUUGACACUGUUUCACGUCACCUUCUUGUUUGUGAUUAUGGAAAGAAUGGUAUUGUUGUCUUGACAGAAAAUGGUCAGGUUGUCAAGCUUUUUUCUGAAGAAGAAAAAGAAGAAGAAGCGGGAAAAACAAAGUUUGAUCCUACGGGACUAUGUCUGGAUGCACAGACAGGAUUUCUCUAUGUGGCCGAUUCGUCAAAUAAUAGGAUUCGAAUUUUCAAAUAG